AUUGAAAGCGAGUUCUUUGUAACGCCCUUUGGCGAAACAAGUUACACGCGACUUCUGAUGCAACACUCGACGUAAAAUUGAAUAAUUACGAAUGAUUGGUAAAGCGGUCAUAGUCAGUGAUGGAAUCCUUGAAACGGAGUCGGACUUGACGCCGCAGCAGUUCCUCCUCGCGCACGGCGAUGGCGUAUACACGAGUGCGCUGCUGACAUCGGAGGAGGCUGUUGUCGACUGGGAGCUUCACAAGCAGCGUCUGAUAAGAGGCAUGGAGGUGUUAAACCAAGGGGAAUCACGACCCUUCGAACCCCUGCUAGCAGCGCUCAAGUUCAAGGGAGACUCGCUGUCCGGGUUCGUGUCUGGCCACGUAACCCCCGCAGCUAAGUCAGCCCUCGGUGCCUUCUAUGGGGCAGCUACUGGCAACAGCGGCGGCGGCAAUGGCGGCGCAGCAGCAGCAGCAGGCCCCCAGCCGCCUCGGCCACACGCCAUGCUGGUCAUUGCCGUCUGCCCACAUCGGCCACCACCUGCACCUGCACAAGCACACGCACACGCACCUACACCUUCGGCCCCCGCGGAGCAACAGCCAUGCACCGGGUGCGCGGCAACGGGGCAGACGCAACAGCCAACACCAUCACAGCUGCCGCCGCCUUCCUCGGUGCCUGCCGCACGGGUGGCUGUGUACUGCAAGGCGGUGCAGCCGCCGCCUUACGGGCCGGGGCACGCCGCGCAGGCGGCGGUGAUGGGCCGGCCGCGAUCCCUCGCCGCCGCCAAGGCCUGCAGCUGGGUGGCGGAGCGCCGGCGGUUGGAGGCUGCCAAACCGCCUGACGUGGCAGAGGUUCUCCUGUCUGACAGCGGGGGCGGCAUCCUGGAGGGCCUCGUCACCAACUUCCACGUGGUGGUGGCGGCGGCGGCAGGGGCAGGCACACCAGCCGCCUCAGAAGCACCAGCACCACCAUCACCACCACACCUAGCACCACCAGCAGCAGUGCAAGCAGGGGCCCCUGCCGGGCCCGACUUCCGCGGGCUGGCCCUGCAGGUGUGUGCGCCUGACAGCGGCGCGGCACUGCCCGGGGUGGCGCAGUGCCGGCUGCUGCAGGCGGCGGCGGCGCUGGGGCUCAGGGUAGAGCUGCGGCCGCCGAGGGCGGCGGAGCGGGCGGCCUGGCAGGAAGCCCUCCUGACCAAUUGCAUCCGGCGGGUCCAGCCGCUAAGCCGCGUGUUCUGUCCACCAGGCAACGAGUGGGGCUUUGUGCCGUGGGAAUGGGCGCCGCCGCUGCCACCGGGGCCGCAGGCGCCCGCCGCGCCCGGCCCCGGCCCCGGCCCCGGCCCGGUGACGGCUGCAUUGCGGGAACAGUUGCUGAGGCUGGAGGAGCACACGCCCUGGCAGGAGCUGAGAUGAAGUAAGACGGCGAGAGAGCUGGAGGUGGAUGAAGCACACCGUAGAGGCUGCGGGCCGCAGCAGUGGCUGUUGCUGGUGCCGUGGCUUCCCGUGGCCGUGGCUUCGGCCGUGGCUUUGGGCCGCAGCAGUGGCUGUUGCUGGUGCCGUGGCUUCCCGUGGCUAGCCUGGGAGUACGGCGGACUCCGCGGCGGAGGCAGGAGUGCUCGGCGCGCGGGUGGGGGCAGGGCGGCGUGGCAGCGGCACUACGGCAGUAGCAGUAGUGCUCUUGCUGGGAUGUCCUGGGAGAAGCCGCGCGUUCGGCGCGCCGCGCGGGGUAUGCCUACGAAGCAGGCGCUGUGUCAGAUGAGGCGAGAGAGUGACUGUGUGACAUGAAGAGCGUGAGAGUACGGUAGCGAAUGGGUUCAAGGGGAUUUGCAAGGGUUUGUGUGCACCUGGUAGCUGUGUAUUGGGUUGUAUGAAGCCAGAGUGUUGAGCCUGGCCUAUCAUUCUGUCAUGUGAACUCCGCGCGCCUCAGAGGCACAUCGAUGCAGCAUGCAAGGGUACGGCAAAGCAGAGUCCCACAGCGGCGCGGACUCGAUGGACACGACUUCCAGUGAGGUUGUGUGCUUGCGCGUACUUGCGUAGCAGUCUAAAAACAACACUGCCGGUGCUCCUUCUCGUUGCUGUUACGGGCGGGUGUCUGCCAGGGCUUGCAUCUUCCCGGGGCAGGCCGCCGCCGUUGGCGAGAAGGGCCCCAACCAUGUUCUCGUGCACGGCUUCCAGGGGCCCCAAAUUGCCUAGAUUUCAAGUUUAC